AUGGGCCGGUUUGGGGGGGCCGGGCGUGGCCUGCUCGCCCUGGCCUUGCUGGGGCCCUGCCUGGUGUUUCCGGGGCCCCCCAAGAGAGCCCCCAAGCCGCCCCCCUGCCCGCCCAGCUGCUCCUGCACCAGGGACACCGCCUUCUGCGUGGAGUCCAAAGCGGUGCCCAGGAAUCUGCCCAGUGAAGUCAUCUCUCUGACUCUGGUUAACGCUGCCUUCUCGGAGAUCCACGAUGGAGCCUUUUCUCAUCUGCCGCUCCUGCAGUUCUUGUUACUCAAUUCCAACAAGUUCACUCUGAUCGGGGACAACGCCUUCGUGGGACUCUCUCACCUGCAAUACCUCUUCAUUGAGAACAACGACAUCUGGGCCCUGUCCAAGUUCACCUUCCGAGGGCUCAAGUCUCUGACACACCUCUCACUGGCCAAUAAUAACUUGCAGACGCUGCCCAGAGAUGUCUUCAGGCCUCUGGACAUCCUGAGUGAUCUUGACCUGCGGGGCAACGCUCUGAACUGCGACUGCAAGGUGAAAUGGCUGGUGGAGUGGCUGGCACAGACCAACACCACUGUCGCUCCCAUUUACUGUGCCAGCCCGCCCCGCUUCCAGGGGCACAAGGUUCAGGACCUCCCCCUGCGAGAGUUUGACUGCAUUACCACUGACUUCGCGCUUUACCAGACGUUGCCCUUCCCUGCGGUGUCUGCUGAGCCCUUCUUCUAUGCCAGCGACCUCUACGUGGCUCUGGCCCAGCCCAGCGCCAGCUCCUGCACCAUCCUCAAGUGGGAUUAUGUGGAACGGCAGCUGCGGGAUUACGAUCGCAUCCCAGCCCCCUCGGCAGUGUACUGCAAGCCCUUGGUGGCCGAAGGCCAGCUGUACGUGGUGGUGGCUCAGCUGUUCGGCGGCUCCUACAUCCACCGCUGGGACGCCCACGCCAGCCGCUUCUCCAAGCUGCAGGACAUCGACCCCCAGCGCGUGCGCAAGCCCAACGACCUGGAGGCCUUCCGCAUCGACGGCGACUGGUUCUUCGCGGUGGCCGACAGCUCCAAGGCCGGGGCCACCAGCCUCUACCGCUGGCACCAGAACGGCUUCUACUCGCAGCAGGCCCUGCACGCCUGGCACCGAGACACGGACCUGGAGUUCGUGGACGGGGAGGGCAAGCCCCGGCUCAUCGUGUCCAGCAGCUCGCAGGCCCCCGUCAUCUACCAGUGGAGCCGGGCCCAGAAGCAGUUCGUGGCGCAGGGCGAGGUGAGCCAGGUGCCCGACGCCCAGGCCGUCAAGCACUUCCGCGCGGGCCGAGACAGCUACCUGUGCCUCAGCCGCUACAUCGGCGACUCCAAAGUCUUGCGCUGGGAGGGCGCCCGCUUCUCGGAGGUGCAGGCCCUGCCCUCCCGCGGCUCUCUGGCCCUGCAGCCCUUCCUGGUGGGGGGCCGCCGCUACCUGGCCCUGGGCAGCGACUUCUCCUUCACCCAGGUCUACCUGUGGGACGAGGGGCGGCAGAAGUUCGUGCGCUUCCAGGAACUGGCGGUGCAGGCCCCCCGGGCCUUCUGCUACGUGCCCGCCGGCGAUGCCCAGCUGCUGCUGGCCCCCAGCUUCAAGGGGCAGACCCUGGUGUAUCGCCAUGUGGUGGUGGAUCUCAGCGCUUAGAGGGGCCGCCCUGGACCCCGGGACUCCUCUGGAAGGAGACCAGCCAGCGUGGAUGCGGGGCGGGGGACGACGCACACAGACGCGCGUGCCGUCCGGCUGAAAUACACACGGGGUGGUCACCCGGAAGAUACGUGCAAUAAGCGUCGACGCGGCCAACACGCCCACAACUACCGGUCUCUCACACGCACGCACACGGGCACUUUCGUAAGUGUGGCUGCCAUCUCC